CAGACUUUUCCCUAUUUCCCUAUUUCCCUUUUUCCGUUUUUGGCCAGUGUGCUGGUGCUGCGGAGAUGCCAGCCAGGCUGGGCAGGUAGGUGCAAGAGAGCCCAGAAAGCUGGGAGGGGAAGGUGAGAAACCCUGCAUGCUGCCUGGAUUCCUUCAGCCAGGAAACCCAGCAACCCUCUUUCGUGGGCACAGCCCUGCUCCUUCUCUGUGGAGAGAUGAAUGGGGCCAGGCUGCUUUCCCCCUGUCAUGCCAGAGUUCUUAAGCCACCUUUGCAUACCGUGGGUGGUGUGCCACUAGCCAGAUCUUCCCAACGGCCCGCAGGCCCUCGGGGGUUCAGCUGUAUUGAGCAGAGGAAUCUGGUGGCAGGCUAGCUCCUCAACAGAUCCCUGGAAAAUGUGUGUCCCAAAAGUAGGCUGUGAUAACCACAGUCUUCCCUCUCCUUUAGAAAAAGCGUCACGCACCAGAAAGGCAGGAGGAUUCUCAAGCUCCUUUUUCUUCUGCUUCCAGUCCUUUUUGCUGGUGACUACUGCUGGACACUGUGGGGAAAAGAAGCGUUGCAAACCACGUUAGAAGUGCCCGAAGCAGAGCACAAGUCUACCGGGACCUCGCUGGUUUGGCAUGACCCUAAGAGGCAGGAGCUCCAGGAGAAGGAAGCCCAUAUGUCUGCUGCAGUGGAACAGUUUGUGCAGGCAGUGAGCAAGGUUCUGGAAGAUAAUCACAUCCGAGGGGAGAAGAGAGAGAACGUUCUGCACUUCACAAGGGACGCAUUUGAAAAGGUGCUUAAAAUCUACACCUGGAUGCCUGACUGGGCCCUGAAAUCCUUAGGUGCUACAAUUGAUGUGCAGAGGACUUCCAAGAGUUAUGGUGGGAAAGACGCAAAGAAGUGGUGGAUUUUUCCACUCUUCUCUUUUGCAAAACAUCCAGAGACUAUACUGCAGCCCAGUAUCUCCCCAGGCGACUGCUGGGCCUUCCGAGGAUCUCAGGGACACGUCGUCAUUCAGUUGCCGGUGAAAAUCUGGCCAGCAGCUUUUACCAUCUGGCAUAUCUCCAGGGCAGUCUCUCCUUCCGGAGAAGUCAGCAGCGCCCCCAAAGAGUUUGCUGUCUCUGGAGUGGAUGAGGACAAAGCGGAAACGCUCCUUGGGCUAUUCACCUACGACGUGGACAGAAUGAUUGCUCAGACCUUCCAUGUGCAGAAGGAGCCUCCCAAAACGUUCCGCCAUAUCAGAUUGGAGGUGCGAAGCAACUGGGGAAACCCAGAAUACACCUGCAUCUAUCGAGUGCAGGUUCAUGGGCAGAUAGAAAAGCCACAGGAAUUUAUUAAACACGAAUAA